CCCUUGAUCCAAGUUCGGUGGAAACAUGCGCUUUACCUUUAACAUAUGGCAUUUGUUCUCCCGCGCCGUAUUCACCAUCUCUUCACUCGUCCUAUCACAAUAAUUCAUCUGAGACAGUUCCUCUGUUUAGAGCAAUAAUUUCUAGAGGUCAGCUAGUCCACAUAAAUACCAUCUAUUCAACGACGGUUAAGGUGGAUUAUCCGGAACAAGAAGAGCUCGAAGUGAAGUUAUAUACUAGUAAGAAAGAGAACGUAACGUAUUGUGAUGAGGAGGAAGUUCAGCUGUAUGGAACUCUUACUGUGGAUCUUCCAGAUACAGAGUAUGGCUUAGACCGAGAGAUUGAUAUCCAGCUAUUCGUUGGUGACGUGAGCAUGACGGUAACGGCGUAUAACAAGAAGAAGGGAGAACCUUAUGAAUCUGCAUUUGAAUUGAAUAAAUGUGCUUUAAAUGAGUUACUAUCAUAA